GUCUCCUCUGGUCGGUCGUACUCGUCCUUGGCCUCCCUCCCUCUUAGUCUCUCUCCUCCGCAAACAAGCUCAACGAAACGCAACGCCUCGCUGCGGAAAUACUCGGAGUAGGUGCGCCCCGCUCUCGCUCACGAGUCCUAGCACAGUCGCUUCACUGCCAAUCCAUUGCUCUCGUAUACACGACCAAUUGAUGAUGGCCGCGGAACCCUAGGAGCGGCAGCGCGGCUCAGCCUUCGACAUGGGCUCCCUCGAAAACGGAGCCGGAGCCGGAGCCGCGGCGGCGGCGGGGAGCUACAAGCGCGGCCCGGGCCCGGCGCUGCGGGCUGGCGGCGCACGUAAGGCGCGGGCGAGAUCCAGGCUCGCGCGCUUCCUGCUGCUGGAGAAGGUGGACUAUCUCCAGUGGAUAGCCGCCGCCGCUGCCUUCUUCUUCGUCGCCAUCGUCUUUGUCGCGUUCCUCCCGGGGUCGGGCGUCAUCGAGCGGCCCAGGCUGACGCUCCCCUCGAGCCGCGCGGGAGAGGGACGCGUCGGAGGCGGGGUUGAGGACCGCAGCGGCCUCGUCCGGUGGGAGGCGGGCGCGGCGUUCGAGUUCGAGCCGGCCAGGCUGAGGGAGAAAUGGGCGAGGGAGCGGAGGGAGGAGGCCAAGAGCUUGGCGGAGCUCGGGACGCCCGUAAGGAGGCUCGGGGUACGGAAGCCGCGGCUUGCCAUGGUGUUCGGAGACCUGUAUCCCAGCGCAAUGCAGCUUCAGAUGGUUAGCGUCGCCUCGGUGCUGGAGGCCAUGGGGUACGAAAUGAAGGUUUUCUCACUUGAGGAUGGCCCAUGUGGUAACAUCUGGGGAGCCAUUGGAGUACCAGUGAGCAUACUACCUGAGGACGCAAACCUACCUAUUUCAGUAGAUUGGUUAGACUAUGAUGGCAUACUUGUCAAUUCUAUUGAGGCAAGACCAGUAUUCUCAAGUCAGAUGUUUGAUUUGGACCAUGUGUCUGUGGCUUCCUACAGUCUUCUGCAUGAGCCUUUCAAAUCUAUACCUAUCAUUUGGACUGUGCAUGAAUAUUCUCUUGCACAUCGUGCUAAAGAAUAUAAUGUGAGUGGAAUGAUUCAGCUCAUAAAUGCUUGGAAAGAUGUAUUCAGCAGGACAAAUGUUAUAGUUUUCCCAAACUAUAUAUUACCGGUGAUGUAUGCUGCAUUUGAUUCUGGUAACUAUUUCGUGAUUCCAGGCCCCCCAUCAGAAGCAUUUCAGGUUGACAGCUUUAUUGCUAAAAGUUACCACGAAGACGUGAAGAUCAGCUUGGGCUUGAAUCCUAAAGAUUUUUUAAUUGCUAUUGUUGGUAAUUCAUUUUCAUACGGUGAUAAUUUGAUGGAAGAGGCACUUGUCUUGCAAGCAUUGAGUCCUCUGUUACAGAGAUAUCGCUCUGAGAAUAGCGCACAAUCUGAACUGAAAGUAAAGAUCUUCACUGGGAACAUAACUGAGAAGCAUAGGAUGGCCCUUGAGUCUGUUGCUCUAAGUGUUGGCUUCCCAAGAGGUGCAGUGGAGCAUGUUGCUGCUGAAGAUAAGGACAACCUCCUUGGUACAGCUGACCUUGUUAUAUAUUAUUCUUGUCUCGAGGAGCAAUUAUUCCCCAGUGUGCUAGUCCAAGCCAUGAGUCUUGAGAAGCUGGUUAUAGCCCCAGACCUUGCAAUUAUUAGAAAACAUAUCAAUGAUGGAGUAAACGGACUUCUGUUUCCAAGAAAGAAUAUUGGCAUGUUAGCUCAAGUUCUUCUUCGAGCAGUGUCAAAUAGUAAAGUGUCUCUUUCAGGGCAAAAAAUUGCUUCAGCUGGGAAGGCUCAUGCCAAGAAUCUUAUGGCUUCUGAGACCAUUGAAGGCUAUGCUAUGCUAUUGAAAAAUGUUGUCAAGCUCCCCACUGAUGCACUAAGCCCUUUAACUGCUGAUGAGAUACCUUUAGCUCUGAAACAAGAGUGGAAAUGGCACCUAUUUGACGACGUGAAGCAUUUACACCGUGUGAAUACGAGUUUGUCUGGCUACAAGAUACUCCAGAAACUAGAGCAGGAGUGGCAUAGCAACCAAAUGGAAAACUCUUCUUUGAGUACAAAAAAUAUCAAUGACGCAUUCUCUGCAAUUGCCUGGGAGGAACAGAGAGUAAAUGAGGUUAUGGACAUCAAAAGAAAAAUGGAGGAAGACGAGUUGAAGGACAGGAAUGACCAACCUCAUGGAACAUGGGAGGAGGUGUACAGAAAUGUGAAAAGGGUAGAGAGGUUAAAAAAUGAAUUGCAUGAAAGAGAUGACAAGGAGCUUGAGCGGACAGGUCAGCCACUUUGUAUAUACGAACCUUUCUUUGGGGAGGGGACCUGGCCCUUUCUGCACCAGAGCUCUCUUUAUCGUGGAGUUGGUCUGUCUUCAAAAGGUCGAAGACCAGGAGCGGACGAUAUUGAUGCUUCUUCUCGUCUUCCACUUCUCAAUAAUGUUUACUACAGAGAUAUUCUUGGUGAAUUUGGAGCUUUCUUUGCUCUUGCCAACAGAAUUGACAGAAUACAUAAAAAUUCUUGGAUAGGGUUUCAGUCCUGGAGAGCUACAGCAAGAAAGGCAAACUUGUCAACCAAUGCCGAAUCUGCAAUCUUAGAAGCCAUUCAAUCUCAAAAGCAUAGAGAUUCCUUUUAUUUUUGGGUUCGGAUGGAUCAAGAUCCAAGAAACCACGCUAAUAAAGAUUUUUGGUCCUUCUGUGACGUGAUCAAUGCUGGGAACUGCAGGUUAGCUGUUCUGGAGGCCUUUCAAAGGAUGUAUGGUGUACAUCUUGAUCGUGACCUGGAUACUCUGUUACAUAUGCCUAAUGAUGGAGACACGUGGUCUGUGAUGCAAAGUUGGGUUUUGCCUACACGGUCAUUCCUAGAAUUUGUUAUGUUCUCAAGAAUGUUUGUUGAUGCACUGGAUGCACAAAUGUAUGACAAGCACCAUCAAACUGGGCAUUGCAUCUUGAGUCUCCACAAGGACCAGCACUGCUACUCCCGUCUUCUGGAGUUGAUUGUGAAUGUUUGGGCAUUCCACAGUGCACGACGGAUGGUCUAUGUUAAUCCUGCAACUGGUCAAAUGCAGGAGCAGCACCAUCUCAGCGGCAGGAGAGGUCAAAUGUCUGUGCAGUUUUUCUCCUACGCCACUCUGAAGAGCAUGGACGAGGAGCUUGCAGAAGAGUUUGACUUGGAUCACCCAGACAGGAGGUGGCUCUGGCCACAAACUGGAGAGGUCUUCUGGCAGGGUCUCUAUGAGAGGGAGCGUAGCAUGCGGCAGCAUGAGAAGGAGCGGCGGAAGCAGCAGAGCAGAGAGAAGAUCCAGAGAAUCAAGAGUAGAGCUCGGCAAAAGACGUUGGGGAAGUAUAUAAAGCCACCACCUGAUGAUACAGUUGUCUCGAACGAUACAACGACUGUAGAUUUAUAGCAUUUUGACCAUACUUUAGGGUGAUAAUUCUUACCGUGGAAAAUUUUGGUUCAUUCUUUCAUUGUUACGGCUAAUGUCCUCGGUCCUCACUGAGUACCCCCGGCAGGUGUGAAUAUUUUUGGUCAGUUUUAUCGUGCCCUCUGGUGUUCAGGGUGCUUUACAGGCGAUUUUGUAACAUAUCUAGGCCAUUAAGUUUAAAUUUGGGUUCCCGUAGCGUAGAUGCUUUUGUUCUUUUCGCUUACGAGCUUCUCAAUAACAGGCAACAGCUGCUCCGCGUUUGCAGUCUCCUUGGUACAAAUUGAGUUGACUUGAUUGUGUCAGUCUGUCAGAUAUUUGGUUGAACCUGCGCUAUUAUCUACGUUUCGGUGUUGAGAAUUUUGUUCAACAUCCUGUAACAUGAAAAACCACAUUAUAUCUUC